UUGUCGCCCCCGCACCAUAACACCCCCUAUUUCUCACAUCAGUUCAGGUCCAGCCCCCCCACCCCAACGGCUCAACCGAAUCUUUGGCCUUUUGCCUUUUGCCUUUUGAUAAAGGGCUGCCUUCUACCUACUACGAUAAUUCACUUUCCCGCCAAACACUACAGCACCUUUUGCCCAACGUCAACCGCAUCAAUGGCUAGCGAUGAAAAGAGUGACGCUCCUACAUGGAACGUUGUCAGCAUUCCUUCAGCCCAUGAUGACGUGCCGGACCCUGGCGCCGUGCCCCAUGAAGGCGGCUGGUUUGCCUGGCUUCAAGUAGUUGGCGCAUUCUGUGUCUACCUCAACACAUGGGGUAUGUUGAACUCGUUUGGGGUGUUCCAAACCUACUACGAACUAGAGGGACUAAGGUCUCAAUCUGCAUUCACCAUCAGCUGGAUUGGGUCUACGCAGAGUGCCCUGUUCUUUGUCACGUCUCUCAUCGUGGGGCCCCUGUUCGACCUUGGCUACUUUCGGUCCCUACUAUGGGUGGGCACGGCCCUCCUAGUGGUCAGCAUGUUUCUGCUGAGUGUUACAAGCCAGUUCUACCAGGUCUUGCUGACCCAAAGUGUCUUGUUCGGCUUGGGCGCCGGUUGUGUCUUCCUGCCGGCGCCCGCCGUCGUUGCCCAAUACUUUGACGCGCGCCUGGGCCUUGCAAUUAGUAUUGCUUCAGUAGGAAGUGCUAUCGGCGGCAUUAUAUACCCAGCAAUAUUCACCUACACUUUGGCCGGCAUCGGCUUCGGGUGGGCGACUCGAGUGAUCGCCUUUGUUGUCCUGGGCACGUCUCUCUUCAUCAUCCCUAUGAAGUCCAAGACGAAGCCUACAGCAUCACGGAGCGUAAUCGAUUGGACCGCAUUCACUGAUCUACCGUAUAUGCUGUUAAAUCUCGGUCUUGUGUUUGGCUUCAUGGGCCUCUACGUCGUUACGACAUACUUCCAGCUGUAUGCCCUUGCGCGCGCGAAUGUCACAACCAACGUCUCGGACAACCUCUUGAUCAUCAUCAACGCCGGGUCUCUGGCAGGCAGGGUGGUCCUCGGCUACUUUGCAGAUAUGACAGGGUCUAUUAACAUGCAAACCGCAAUGGCCCUUGUAGCAACCAUUCUCGCCUUUUCUCUUCUGGCGGUUCACACCUCUGCCGGCAUCAUAGUUGUAGCUGUGUUCUUCGGUAUCUCAUCGGGCACCUUUUUAGGACUUCCCGUGGCUAGUAUCGUCAGGCUAUCUGACGACCCAAGUAAGAUCGGUACACGGAUUGGGAUGACAUUGCUAUUUGUCGGCAUUGGCGCUCUUAUCAGUUACCCUAUUGCUGGCGCUAUACUCGGCGAUAGCGAUAAUUGGCUGGGGCUGAUACUUUUCUCAGGCGUCCUUCUCGCUGCAUCGACCAUCAUUUUAGCGAUAAGUCGCAUCGCAAAGAUUGGUCGGCAGUGGACAAAACCGUUGUGAACUGUCAAGGGACCCUCCUACUCCAGCCUACUGUUGGUGUCUGGAUGCCUUGCAUUAGUAGUGCAUUGGAGAAGACCCGCGGAAAGGGGCCGGCGCGGGGCUUUUUCUAAGUAUCCUUGCAAAACUUCUGUCAUUUCAACAUAUGUACAUAAUCAGUACCUAGCUCGCUUAAUAUCCAAGUCUUUCUCGUAGUAGUAGGUUACCUAAGCUCUUAGACCUUAUUGAACAUAUAGUACCUACAUACAUAGGUACUCUUCUAUCCCUUUAACUACCACGACUACUCCAUGGGAUUUGAAGUGCUAGCAUAAAGCUAAAAACCAAUCAGAGCCUCUAAAACUGCGGGCUCUUAUAUUUUGAUUGGUCGCUAGUCUAUGCUCGCACGUCUAAAUCCUUUGGAGUAUUCGUGGUAGUUAAACGGAUACCCCUGUACUGGGGAGCCUGUCACGUAUCUGCGCUGGAGAUACAGGCCACCAAGAUGAUAAUCAUCAACAAGACACUAAGAGUUAAUAGAAAGAGCACUGGCUGG